AUGGGAAAUUACAUGUCUUGCACCUUGGCUCCUCCUUUGAUGAAGAACACAAGGGCAACACGGGUGAUCUUCCCCACAGGUGAAGUGAAACAAUACAAGGAGCAAGUGAAUGCGGCAGAGCUGAUGAUGGAGUGUCCCACUCACUUCUUAACCAAUUCCAAGUCCCUACACAUUGGACGCAGGUUUUCAGCGCUUGGUGCCGAUGAAGAGUUGGAGUUAAGCAACGUUUACAUCUUCUUCCCCAUGACAAGGGUGAAUUCUUUGGUCACCGCUGCUGACGUGGCGGCACUCUUCAUGGCGGCAAAUAUGGCGGCGAAGCGGAUAUCCGGUGGCCGCGUAAGGUCCCAUGAUCAUUCGGAGGGUGUUGAAAUCAAUAAUAAUCAUGUUGAUGUUCCAAGGUUGAGUUUUGAAGGGCUUGAUGAGUUAGGGGUUCGGAAUAGGCCAAGUUAUUGUAGGUCAAGGAAGCCUGUGUUGGAAACUAUAAACGAGGAACCCAUUUGGUCAAGGUGAAAAAUAUUGGAAGAAUUAUUGUAGAGGAGGCAGAGCAGUGUAGGUACGUUAAUUAGUGGUAGAAUUUCAUAUAUUAAUCAUCUUAUGCAUGAAUUGGCAUGAUGCUCUUUGAAUUUUUAUUUAGAUUAAAGAGAGAUGUGGUAGAUUCAUAUCUAUAAACAACACUUUUGAUUCCUAUAUCUAAGAGUUUGUGGCUUGUACAAAAUUCAAUAUCAGAAAAAAAAAAAUU